GAGGCCUUCCGGACUAUUAUUUUGAACGAUAAAACGGUUAAAUUACCUGUCGAGUGUGACCCAACUAGGGGCAUAAAACCAAUUAUCCCGAUGCUGGGGCAUUUGCAGGAAGCCCCUCCGCAUACUCCAAACUGUAGCUACAGGUGCCCCUCGUUCCGCUGAAUCCCAUCACUCCUCACUCCUCACUCUGCUCUGCUCACCAAUCGAACCCACCAAAAUAGGUUUCCAAGCGGAGCUUCUCACCACCGGCGGCGGGAUGGGCGGCGGCGCGGCGGACCAGGGCAAGACCAGAGAGGACCCUCGCGUAGAUCCGGGCAUCCUCGACCAACGUCGCCAUUCGUCUCCCCGUCUGCUGCCGUCGCGACAUGGCUUCCAAGAAAUGGCCUCGCUGCCGAUCCCCGACGAGCUCGUGGCGGAGAUCUUCCUCCGGCUGCCCACGCCAGCCGACGUCAUCCGCGCCUCUGGCGCCUGCGUAUCCUUCCGUCGCCUCGUCGCCGGCCGCCCCUUCCUCCGGCGCUUCCGCAAGCUCCACGACCCUCCCCUCCUCGGCUUCCUCGCUCUAACCGGAGCCUUCUUCCCCGUACUCCCGCCUUCUCCUUCCGCGUCGGCAGCCAGCGCCGUCGCCCUCGCCGCCGACUUCUCCUUCUCCUUCCUACCCGUCCCCGCUCGGGACUGGAAGGUCCGGGACGCCCGCGGCGGCCGCGUCCUCCUCAGCAGAUCUCCCUUGGAUAAUUCUCUGGCGGUGUGCGACCCCUUGCACCGGCGGUACCUCCUGCUUCCCCUGAUCCCUGAAGUUGAGGGGUGGGCUCCUCAUUCAUUUGAAAACCCACAGCGGCGGUCCUUCCUUCUCGAUGCGGAGGAGGCCGCAGGAGAGACAUCAUUCACAGUGAUCUGCAUCGCACAUUGGGGAGAUAACGAUAAGCAGGGCGCUUUCGUCUUCUCUUCCAGCACCGGACAAUGGCGAAGUACUCCAUGGAUUGCAGGCUUUGCUUCAUUCUCCGGGUACCGGCACGCAUAUGGCUGCUUCUACGGGGUGACAGCGUGCAGGGAGAAGUUGCUGGUGCUUGACACCCAGAGAAUGGAGUUCUCACUUGCUGACCUCCCACCCCAAGUGAGAGGUUCUUCAGAACAGAUUGCGGGUAUAUCCAUUGUGGAGGCAGGGGAAGGCGUCACUGGGAUGUUUGUGCUUCCAUAUUACACAUCUCACAUCAGUUAUCUAAUUAGGCGAAACAAUGGUGGGACUUCCAGCCAGUGGCAGUUGGAGAAGACAAUUCCACUGGUUUCUUCUUGGUACAGUUUCAUGGGUUCAACAGAGAGGCACUUCCUUCUUGUAUCACAGGGAGACACUUUCACAUUGGAUAUCAAAACAUUCCAACUUGAGAAGGUGGUUAGACGUGGCAUCAGUUCGCCAUGUGUAUAUAGAAACUUCCCACCAUCGUUGUUGUCGUCACCGACAAUAUCAAGUGGUGUUGAGACCGAGGAUGAUGAGAUGCUGGAAAAACGCCGUGCUUCAAGCUCAAGCCCAUAGCCUCCAGGGUUAGAAUAGCCCUGACACCAGUGCUGGAGGUCAGGGCUGAUUCGUUGAUGAGACGUUGAUCAAGAUGGUGACGACCGUUGUGAUGCAACUCGACAGUUAACCACUAAAUUGGUAUGCUUUUGCCCUUUGGUAUGUAAUAUGGCCAUCUAGAAGGAUACAAUAUAGAACAUGGAGUGUUUUUAUCUUGCGUUUGAUUAGCCUUGCCAAAAGCUAAGACCGUGCAAGCAGUCAAGUUUGUGGAGUGGACCUUGUCAGGUAUUCAGAUGUAAGGGUCAGACUUUCAGUACCGGUCUACUCUAUUGUUUACAGUCAUUUCAUAUUAUUUGGCGGCCCUGCUAACUACAAAAUGACUUAAUUUCCAUCAUGACUUAAUUUCUUA